ACAUACUCUGCUGGUUUGUUGCGCCGCUGCUGACCUUAUUCAAGUUGCCGCCGACUUGGACUAUGCAACCCUCGAUCUUUGGUUGUGAUGCUCAACCUGUAGAUUUAACACUUCAGUCCAUGGUUUAGAUUGAAGGCCUGCAAUGAGGGGAGCGGAGGAAGAAGAGCGGGCAUCGCCGCCAUCAAGCCCGUUACGUUGGCACUUGCAGCGCCGGCAAGCAGUGCGGACGAAAGCAUAGCCUGAAGCUUCACGUAUCUUCGUCGCUCGUCUUAAUCUACCUUCCAUCGUCUGGUCAUGGCUUCCCCUGGUCAAGCUGACGCUGCUCCCACAACCUCCGAUCAACCAGAUGGCCAGCGACGCGACGAAUCUACGCGCCAGGUUCCUACCCAAAUGUCUUCCGAUGACCCUUCCCAUGCCGCGCAGUCUGGCAGAAACGGACCAGCUUCUGCAUCAUCAUCUCCUCCUCGCCCUGAGAUCGUCAUUCCACUGGACUCCGAAAGGGCGGAGGGCAAACGAUGGGAGCAGCCUUACAAUCGCUACGCGCCCAGCGACGUCGACUACGAAAAGAAGUACGCGCCCGAUCCUUACGGCGAGGAGCUGGGACCUAAAGCGCGUGUCUGGAACGUAUACAACGACGAGGCGCAGAUGGCAGAUGCGGAGAUGGUGCAGGGACUGAAUGGGACUAUCGACGUGCUCCUGAUAUUCGCGGGUCUCUUCUCUGCGGUCGUUACGACCUUCGUUGUACAAAGCUCGCAGGCGCUUAGUCCGGACUACGCGCAGAUUACGGCGUCCCUCCUCUACGAACUCGCCCGCAUACAGCGCGCGAUAGCUGCUGGGACACCGGUCAGCGAUAUACCAUCAUCGGAGCUGAACCUCGAGUCGGAGACGCACACUACGGGCGAUCUCUGGGUGAAUGGGCUGUGGCUGACUAGCCUGACCUUCUCGCUCUUGACGGCCCUGAUAUGCGUACUCGCGAAGCAGUGGAUCCAGCACUUCAACUCGACGUGUGGUGGCACCCCGCGAGAUCGUGCGUACGUUCGGCAGUACCGCCUAUGGAGCUUUGAGCGCUGGAAUGUGCCAUUUAUCAUCAGCUUCCUUCCGGUGCUACUUAAUGUCGCCUUGCUGCUCUUCUUCGCAGGCCUGGUGGUCUACGUCUCGCCCAUGAACGCCACGAUAUCCUACACUAUCAUCGGCUUCUCGGCGGCGGCAUUUCUCGCCUAUGCAUUCACUGUCAUUCUGCCACCUAUCAUUCCGCACUGCGCGUACAAGACCCCGAUUUCCGACUCCAUCAUUUGGGUCGCCUACUCCCUUCAUAGAUUCUGUCGCUUCCUUCGUGGCCUAUCUCCCAAAAGGGUAUUUCGCUGGGACGCCGGCGCUCCCCGAGCUAGCAUAGCAUUCCAGCUAACAACGUCGCCCCCGUCUGACCUCAAAAGCCGUGAUCUCUCAGACGCAAAACGCUUGCGCUACAUCCUUACUGCGAGAGCGAUCGACUGGCUGUGCUUCUCGUCCUCGAACGCCUCCGCGGCGACGAUAUCGGUGCAGGCCGUGUCCGCGCUACCCACUCACUUUGACUUCGGCGCGAGCAGGGAGGCAAUACAUAAGCUCGUCUUCGGUCGAGCACGUACCCUGGAGCAUGAGCACGCUGGCACGGAUGCGAAGGAGCUGGUGCUACCGAAAGCGGACCUUGCGGAACGGCUAACGCGCUCGCUGUUACACUUCACCAGCGUAUCGCUAGCUCUUCCGGGUUCAUCGGUGGUGUGGCGCGACCUCUACGCCUGCCGAUACCGCGUCAAAUCACCUGAAGUCGAUGCUCUUCUCCGAAUAUAUCUGCUGGAGCGACUUCGCGCAGAUGCGACACACGGCGACCCUCGGCAAAGACGAACUAAUCUUCAAGGAGCGCUAUACGCGGCCGACACGAGCACCCUCCCGAUACCCCUGUCACGCCUUCGACUACAUCACCUCGUCUGGCAUCACCUACACGCAUCGUUAUUGACAGUAUGUAUCCCAUACGAGACUGAUCCAUCUAUGUCAGAGAUGAUGGUGUCGAGCCUGUCGCAAUUAUGGGCACAUGGGACGAGGGAGUUAUGGGACAACAUGGCAGCUCCUCUGAGCAGGUAUCGGUGCGGCGCGCAAUAUAUACCUGACCUGCAGCAGACCAUGGAUAGGCUGCGAUACCAGUUGCAGUUGGCUCUCGAGAGGGAGGGCAAGGAGGACCAGUAUCCAACAGACGCGUAAGAAGACAUGAAAAAUCAAGUAUAUGUAUCUAUGUCGGGUACAUCACGUACACUGAUACCAGGUUCAAACUCAUCUAUAGUGGCUUAGCACUGUCGAAUAUAUCUGCUGUCUCGUUCUUAGGC